CGUAAAGUUGCUGUUGCUGCUGCUGCCACCACUAUCACCACAACUUGAAUUCUCCUUCUCUCAGUCGUCUGCUUGUCAUAACGCGGCUUUUUGCGCCAUCUCAAGCACCGAGUGUAGACCAUCUCCAAUAUUGCCACAAUGGCCGCCGUCUACCCAAAUCAGACGCAAAGCGUGUUCCCCAAGAAUUACGUCGGUUUCGACAGCAUCACCUCGCAGAUCGAGAAGAAGCUCCUGAAGCGCGGCUUUCAGUUCAACAUCAUCUGCGUUGGCCAGACAGGUCUGGGCAAGUCGACCCUCAUCAACACCAUCUUUGCCUCGCACCUCAUCGACAGCAAGGGCCGCCUGCGACCCGAAGAGCCUAUCCGCAGCACGACCGAAAUCCAAGCCGUGUCACACAUCAUUGAGGAAAAUGGCGUGCGCCUACGGCUCAACAUCGUGGACACUCCUGGCUAUGGCGAUCUGAUCAACAACGAGCGCUGCUGGGACCCCAUCGUCAAGUACAUCAAAGACCAACAUUCUGCAUACCUGCGCAAAGAGCUCACCGCACAGCGAGAGCGCUACCUCCAGGACACUAGGAUCCACUGCUGCCUGUUCUUCAUUCAACCCAGCGGACAUGCGCUCAAGCCGAUUGACAUCGUGGUGCUCAAGAAGCUGAGCGAGUUCGUCAACGUCGUGCCUGUGAUCGCCAAGAGUGAUUCACUUACGCUGGAGGAGCGUCAGGCAUUCAAGGAACGCAUAAAGGAGGAGUUCCAGUUCCACAACUUGCGCAUGUACCCAUACGAGAAUGACGAGCAUGACCCAGAAGAAGUUGCUCUCAACUCUCAGAUCAAGAGCAUGAUCCCCUUUGCUGUCGUCGGUUCAGAGAAGACUAUCGUCGUUGGAGGCAAGCAAGUUCGCGGCCGCCAGAACCGCUGGGGCGUCGUCAAUGUUGAGGACGAGAACCACUGUGAAUUCGUGCACUUGCGCAAUUUCCUGACCCGCACCCACUUGCAGGACCUGAUCGAGACAACAUCCCAGAUCCACUACGAGUCUUUCCGCGCCAAACAACUGCUUGCUCUCAAGGAAAGCAGCGCUGUCGGUGCCGGACACUCUGGAAGCAGGCCUAUCAGCCCGAGUGCAGAUCGCGAGCUCAGCAGGAACUCGCAGCGCAUGACUAUGAACGGCUACUAAACAACGCAGUACCUCUCUCCGUAUCUCUUGCAAACGGUGCGAACUGGCAGUCGGGAGUAUUGCUAGGAGUGUGGAGUCAUGUCAUGACGGGGUUGCUAUUUCCCAUGAAGCAGUUAAUCGUAUCAUCAUACAAACUGCUGGCCUUUAUUUCGAGACUGAUUAUGGGGCUGUCUUCUUUUUUGUGUGUGCGUGCCUGUGUGUGCUGCAGCGAGUAACAAAAUUUCUUGGUUCUCACGUAAUGGAUUAGCACGGUGUACCGAUUAGGUAGUUGGUUCUGAAUCUGGCUUGCUCUCAUACGAAGGGUUCAAGCUGGAGGUGUUAGUACGUAGCUUAAUUUGAUAUCCCUCCCGUA